GUUUGCCGUGUCACCAAAAAUUGCGUUUUGGAUCGUGUCCUGAUAUCAAUUUCCGCACCCUACAACCAUCAAAGAUAUAGUCACAAACCAACCUGCACACCACAUCCACUCCCAGAUUGACACUUCUCACGAUCCAAAAUCAAACAACUCGUAGUGACACGACCAAACUCGAGACUUAACACUUUCGCCAACAUACCUCGGACACUGUGCCGAUCACAGAAUCCUUCGGUAGAAAGAAGGCGUCACAGCCUACUGGAGAUAGAACGAAGGUUGCCAGCAAAGCGAGCGAAGAAGAAAACGCAAAUAUAUCUCGUUUCACACCUGGUGUAUAUGCACCGCGACCAAACAGCGGAGCCAUCGCACAUUCAGCUGUAGUAGCUACUGUAAGAGGAAAUUCUUCGUCGAGUUGGACACACGGAAAUCGUGCGAUUUAUAUUUUAGUGCAUUCGUUUUGGUUUGGUUUGUUUUUAUUUUGCAAACACAUACCGCGCGGCACGCGACGUGUUAAAUGUAAAAACGAAAUUUUGCGUCGUCAUAAUACAAGGCAGGUCAGACAGAGAGACAGAGCGGGAGAGUGUGUGUGUGUGUGUGUGUGUACUGAACUAGUAAAACCAAUCGGCCCGUGGGGUUGUUUAGUGAGCUGGCGGUGUAAGCAACAGUAGCGCUUUUCUUCCAUUGAAAACACCAACGUUGAGGAAUUCUCCCGUCACAUCCCAGUAACCAUUUCACAGCACGUGAAAGGAAAUAUCGCACAGGAGAGAUAUAGAGGAGUCGAUAAUAGGUCGUGCUAUUGCAGCAGAAAUAGUCUCGUGCACGUGUGAACUGUGAGCGUUUGUUGUGUCGUGAUUGCUCAGGUCAAGAUUGCGCUCUAGCUCGUUAGGCGGACGACGGAGGAGAAGUUGCCAGAGGUAGCACAUCUGACUUAGACGUCCCGCCUCAAACGCAGACGGUGCGUGGAAAGCAGGGCGAGCCGCCUGGUGUGGACAGGGGAGGAUGGAGCGCGAAUCAAAUCCAAUGCAACCGAUGUGUAGAGCUGGAUGCGGGUUCUACGGCAAUCCUGCACAGGAAGGGUUUUGUUCAGUUUGCUACAAAGACGUGUUAAGAAAGAAGCAACAGCCACCGGUCAGCAGUACGCCUUCCAGCAACAAUGCACCUCAAACACCUGCACCCAGCCAAUCGGUAACAGCGUCCUCAGUCAGUAUCCGUCCUGUGGCGACGCCGUCGAGUUUCGCUAGCACCAUUGGCAGCAGCAGCACAACAACCACAUCAGCCUCCUCUGCGUCCCCGUCGGCCGCGUCGCCUUCGGCGUCGUCCUGCGCCGCAUCCGCCAACAAUCCGGCAGUCUCGGCCAGCUACUCGGCCCAAUCAACAGUGCACAGUGCCCUUUUCUGCUCGGAUAAGGACAAAAUUUGUACCGAUGACAGUGGUAGCCUCGGGGGUCAUAGUAAUAACAGCUCCAUUGCCGACAAUGAUGACAAAGAUGGUGAUAAGGAGGAUGCCAAGAAGAAGAAGAACCGAUGUGCAACCUGCCGCAAGAAAGUAGGACUAACCGGCUUCGAGUGCAGAUGUGGAGGAUUGUUUUGCGCGAUACAUCGAUACAGCGACAAGCACGAAUGCUCGUUUGACUACCGGGAGCUCGGUGCUGCAGAAAUUAGGCGUAAUAAUCCCGUCGUGGUUGGCGAAAAGAUUCAGAAAAUUUGAACACCCUUCGUGCCAUCGUAUCGUAAUAGUUUACACACACAGUGCAGGGGCAGCAGUAGCAGCGGCACCAGCCACCAACAUCGUUACAGUCACCAACUACCCCCUCCACCACCACCAAUAUCAUCAUCACUUCCACCACAGCCAACCACCAUGCGAAAAACAAGUGUCUCGUUAAAUCUAAAUCCGUAGCAAUUUCUUCGCAGAUUAAUUUUUGUUUGAGAGGAAUCGAUAAUUUAAUAACAUCUUGGGCUAUUUAUGUGGAGAAACAUCUCCCAAUAAAACUGCCUGGUUUUAGUUAUUUACUCUCAAGACGAAAAAUUCCAACACCACCGUACGGUGUACUGUUUCUACGUCCUUUCCCUUCGCUUCUGCUUCGCUGUGAUGCUGUCAGUGGAAAUAUUAUUUUAAUAUUAUUUGACUCGCUGACGUGAAAAUCUAUAGCAAACGGAGGGAGUAUCCUAGACCUAAGGAACAAAGAAGAUACAGCGAACGUAGUAAGCUCCACAUGCGGUAGAAGAAAUGGCGGCAGCGUACAGGGAAAGGAUUUAGCGAAGUAGUAUGGCGAGCUAUUGCAGACGUCUUCUGGAUCGUGGCACAAGACGCUUACGCACCGGAGUAAAUGUGUAUGCAAAUGCAGGAAAAAGCUUUCAUUUGCUGGCUAUACGCGAGGAAAAAAUACAAAAUAUAUCCCUGCAACACAAGCAACAAAACGAUUACAUACAAAACUCAUACGCACGCGGUGUAUUUUCGUGACAAAAAUAAUCAUGGGAUUAAAAUUCCUUUACACUAUUUACACACAACACGGCACACUCCACAAUCUGCUGGGUAAGAAAGGAAUAGAAACAGUAGCGAAAGUAGCUACUGUAAAAGCUAAAACGCGCACACAUCUAAUCAAACACGUACGGCGCAAAACGGCAACCUCACAGGGGCUUGAGAGUGAUGGUAAAAGGAUCGUAACGUGCUCCCUUUUCCACGAGCUUCUUCAACAUGGUGGAAAUCAGUUGCUACAGUCAAACGAAAAAAAAAACGCCUUUGAAUUUACCAUCUGCGUUCAUUUAGUCGAUCGCUUGAUCAACGUGCGCGUCAAAACGGGAAACGAGCAUGUGCAUGAGUUUUAGGAUGAUUGCAAUCUAUCGAGUGUUAUUCCUAUACACGCGACUAUGCUAUUGCCGGGAAACGAACCCGAGAAUUUACUCUAUAAAUGUAUGUUCAUUAUUGUGUUUUAUUCUUUGGUUAAUUCUUACUUAAUAGCAAUGCUCGAACGACAUGUUUUGGUAUACACUUUUACGAUAGACUUAGCAAUGAUAAAUAUUUUCAUGCAUAUAUGGUUUAUAAAAUCGUAAGCACUUUUCGAACACCUUCCCUCUCUUGCUUUUGUGUGUUAACCGAACGAACUAUAACGAUAAAUUCAAGCAGCAAUUUGCUUAUGCUAAGUGCACACAGCUAUACAUAUAUAGCAUAUCUUCUAUCGCAUAUGAUCAGUUAAUCCAGCACGAACAUCACCUGUUCACGGUGUUCACGAAGGAUAGAUAGCAUACAAUUUGGCAAGAUGUGAGCAAACAAGCAGUGAUUUUUUUCUUCUUUUUACUACACUACACCAGAAGCCUUAAAUGCGCAUCGUUGAAAAACUGUAACCGAUAGUUUAAUUCUUGUAAAUAUUCAUUAUCCAACCACGUAUGUUGGCUUUUUUUCUAAUGCUUGUGCAUUCAUGUGUUCAAAUCUGUUGUUUAUUUAAAUUUUAAUUCUUAUUAAAUAGAGCACCUAACCUCCAUCAUUUGCAACGUUUGAGUUUUCGUUUCUUAUCUUUGAAGUUUUGUAACUACGAUUGCUCUCCCUUUCCUCAAUCUGUUAUUAAGUCUCUUUGGUAUUUACGUUUGUAUUAUUCAACUUCUGGCUCAACUUUACUCGUUACUUUUCCUGAGCUUAAACUAUUUUAGCUGUUUGAGUUUUCCGUCUCGGUCAUUUGUUUUUCUUUUUUAGCACAAUUUGUUUGAUAUUUUACGAAUUGUUGCAUAAGAAACGCUAAAUAAUUGAUAUGUGUUUCAUUUUCCAAAUGUGUCUGUGUGUCUGCGAAUGGUUUUUGUUGUUUUUGUUACUAAAACUUGUAUUCCGUCGGCAAUGAAAUAGUAGCCCAGCGCAGUCGUAAAACCGAACUGCUGAAGGCUAUGACCGAAUUGUCAGAGUAACUCCUUGGAAAAUUCGUCUAAUAUUUCAUAUAUACAAAAAAAAAUCUUGUUCUAUGAUAAAGCAAAAUUCUUGUUUUUUGUAUCUUUUCUUCAUUUUCUACCGCUGCGCUCGUUCAACAAUACUUUAUCUCAAACACAUGAUGUAUUUAGGUUCCGGUUGUAUCGGCGUCUAGGUGUAGUGCGAUCAAAUAGAGCAUAAAGGAUCGCAUAAAAUAUUGCCGUAUAAUGUUUUGCUGCGGCUCUAUCGGCAAUUGAAUCCAAUUAGCAAUCUUUCAACUAAAAUAAAAAAAAUGUAAGAAAGUACAUAAAACUUUUCUUAGCAAUUUUCUUCUGGUUUGCGAUUGGGCGUGUACGGUGUUACGUGUGCGUGGAGUGUGCGUGUUGUGUUGUAUUGUUUUUCCCGCUUAGAUAUAGUUGUAGAAAUUCGGUGGAUUGCGGAAACACGAAGUAGAUAAUGGAACAGAAAAUUAUGGGAUAAACAUGAAUGGACACAAAAAAGUAUCCAAUUGCGAAAAAGAAUAAAAUAAGAGUAAUUCGUAUAUAAAUAUACAUAUACAUAUAAAAAUAUAAAUAUACCAUACAUAUUUGCAUAUAUUUUACUAACAAAACGAGGAAAGAAAAUGUAAACAAAAAAAAACAGACAAAAUAUGCUUAUUAUGUCGAAAGAAUCAGCUAUCUUGCGUUCGCACGAUGCAACCGAAAGUCAACAUUAAACAAACUUAGAAAGCAGUGCGAAAAACAAGCGAAUUAAUUUCUAAAUUCUAAUACAUAGGAUUAAAAGCACGCAAUCUGUUGAAACAUGCAAACAAGCGAACGAAGAUAAUAGUGAUCCUACAGAAUGAAUGAGAAAUGCGAAACAAUCGUUGGUAAAACAGAUAAAGAUAGAGAGAAACAGAUGAAACAAAUAGAAGAGUGAAUGUAGAGUGCGUAAAUAUAUGAAGAACCCCCGUUCAAUCGAAUGUAAAAUAGACUAAUAGUGUUGUAGUGUUUGUAAAAGAAAACGGCAAGGAAAACGACGAAAAGACCAUGAAAGAGCAACAGUAGUGCGCAAAAAAACAUUUCGGUAGGAUGUGAGAAUACAUCAGUUGCCAGCAUACAAUUGACGAUUCAGCAAUGUUUUUUGAAUUAUUGAAUGUCUCUGCUAUAUGCCAUUAGAGUCACUUUUCGGAGACUUUACAGUUGUUUGAGUAACGACACAACACAAGCUAAAUAAUCCAAACACACUAAUGAACGAUUCGGGCAGAUUUUGCCAAAAUCACCGGUUCUCGUUACCUUGCGGACAAUGACCGGAACAAUUUAUAAAAAAAUAGUUUGCGAAGACGACAGCCUAUUGAUUUUAUGCGCCGAAGCGGUCAAACUUGAAUAUACAGCAUAUAUUAUAUUACAAAUAUAUAAAUAUAUUUCUGCACACUCCCUCACAUACACACAAUACGCAAUACAUCAUGUUAAAUGGCAUAUGUUGCGUUCCAUGAGAUUUUCGUUCUAUGCCUGCUUGACGCUUUCUUAUCGCGAUCAGAUUCAACGUUAGCUAGAUCUUUCCGUUUUAUCUGUAUAGAUUGAUAAGCACUGUUGGAAUGGUUUUCUAACCCUAGUUCUGUACACAAUCAGGGACGGCAAUCUAGAGAUAAUACACUCUCGACCAGAGCAGAUUUCCUUAAGCGCCAGCUUCUUUCCCCUUCAUAUGCACAUGGCAUAUAUGCAGAUGUGAGUUUAUCGAACGGAAAACACACGGUUACAAGUAACACGAGAAACGUAUACAUUAAGUUUUUCACCCGAUUGUUUGUUCUUAUGGUAAUGCUUUCCGUGUUAGAUUAGAUGAACAAUCAAGUUGAAAUCCCUUCAAUCACUGGCGUGCAUGUGGAGGAUAUAUUUCUUACUUUUUAACGCACUAAUGCGGUAAAAAUUAACAAUAAUACCUGAAUGGAAGCCGGCCCUGACACUUGAUAGCAUUGCCACAGUAACAUCUCGAAGGGAUACGUGCACAGUUUGCUAUAGGUGUGUGCGUAGUGUGUGGAGUGGAGUGUCCUUGUAGUGUGCCCAAGAACACUAGUAUGGGCACGGGUGAGUGUUGUGUUACGAGCUGUUUAAAAAUUAGGUUCCUUUGGAAAAUAAGUAACAGAAAGUUGACGAUUUAUACUACUUUUACUUUCAACGAGUAUCCCUUUCACUAACGCGCGUGUAUGUCCAAUCCUCCCCGUAGUGUUGCGAGAGGGUGUGUGGUUUAUUCCUGUCUCUAUAUAGUGUUUAGUUCAAUAUAUGCGUUUUGUUUACUCUUCUUUCCUACGUAAUGGGUAUGCAGUAUGAAUGGAAACAAGGGAUAGAUUUUAGCUAUUAACUAGAGAAAUUGAUACAUGUUGUGUUAUUAUAGUAGGACUCAUAAAAAAUUUUACCUUAUCCAU